CUACAGCUCCUGGCAGCACUGGAUCCUUAACCCACUCAGCAAGUUCAGGGAUCGAAUCUGUAUCUUCAUGGAUGCUAGGCAGAUUCGUUUCUGCUGAGCCACUAAGGGAACUCUUGAAAGCAUCAUGUUGACUCUGAGCUGCACUGAUACAUGGUCGUCUCCUGGUGGUCAGAGCAUGCCUGGGUAUAUAUACCCAAGCCAGGAAGCAUCUCUACAUUCAGGGGGACAACAUCUCUGCAUUUCAAGAGUUCCUGAUAGUGAAUCUCUGUGGUCUUCUCCCUAAGCCCCAAGAAAAAUUGUGGCAUCAGUAGGGACCUUUCAAUCCAGGACUGGAUCUCUCAAUUCGAGUGCUAUCUUCCUUAUCUAUUGCUGCGUAACUAAUAACUCCAAACCUAGCACUUGAAAACAGGAAGCACUUAUUAUCUCACACUUUCUUUGAGUAAGCAAUCUGGGGGCAGCUAGGAUGAGUUCCUUCAGGUCUCUCCUGACGUUGCAGUCUGGGUGUCUGCUGGGUCUGCAGUUUUAUCUGAAGGCUCCACUGGGAAGGACCCACCACUGAUCUCACUCAGUCAUUGGCAGGAUCCAGUUCUCUGGGGUUGUUGGACUGAGGGCCUCAGCUCCUUGCUGACUUAAGGCUGGAGGCUUCACUCAGUCCUUGCCCUGUGGGCCUCUCCCUAGGCAGCUCUCAGCAUGGCAGCUGGCUUCCCUCAGAGCAAGUGAGCAAGCCAGAAUCCCUCAGAUCAAGCCAUAUUCAUAGCCUUUUCGUAACCUAAUCCUGGAAGUGACAUACUAUUUCCUCUGGAAGCAAGUCACUGCAUCCAGCCCAAGUCAAGGGGAAGGGCUGCAGAAGGGCCUGAAUAGCAGGAGAUGGAGGCACAGGGGGCCAUCCCGUGACUGCCUGCCGUACACACCCAAGCUUUCAAGGCAUGUGCUGAGUGAGGUGCAUGAACUCACAACAUCUGUGGAUCCAUUUUACUUGAAGAUGUUUUGAGGAGAACUCCAUUUAAAAUCUGAAUAUAAGCAUUGAUUUAUAAUUGCAAAGAAUUCAAAAUUGUUUGGCAUGGCUUUUCAGAGGAAGAACAGAGAUUGGGGAAAAUAGGUCAAAAUUUGGAGGCUUGAGCCUUGAUGUUGUCCCUUUAGUUAAAUUUCAGGGUCUACAUCUCCUGUUGAGUCAUGCCGUGUCCUGAAAAGUUGCAUAAAUCAAUAUUACUUGGCUCAGACAGUGUGUCUCUGCAGUUAUGAAUAACAUUUGUAUUAAGAACAGUGAACCGAUACACAACAUUACUGUGAGACUGACAGGAUCAGACAGAAAACCUCAGCCAAUACUUUCUGUCUGGCAGAAAGCCCUUUUCCAGAGCAUCCGUCUCCUCCCCCCACCAAAAUAGUCUUUUUAGAAAACCAAGCUCAGCUGUACAUUUUAUAGAAGAUGACAGGUUCCCUUAGAGCCCACCUUAGCAUUCCUAAAAAAUUAAUGGAUAUGGGAGACUUAAAAAUGAUGGUUGAACCCAUUAGCAGCCUUGCAACCAAAUUAAGGAAAGCUAGCUUUGGUCAUUGAGACUGUCACUGGCCAAAGUGUUAAUACUACUCCCACUCCAUACCUCCUUUUGGCUACACACACACACACACACACACACACACACACGUAUAUGUUUUGUGAUUGCAAAAUGUUUAUUAUCAAUGAUUUAAUUUUUAUCGAAAGACCAUGGUAGGAAAUAGCUUCUAUUGGGUGAAGGAAAGGUAAAGUGGAAAUUGGAGUAGAGAAACUGUCAUAUGUCAGUUGCAUAAUCUUACUUAAGUCAUGUAAUUGUUUUAAAACUGGUCUCCCUCUCUGAAAACAAAAUAGUGCCAGUAGCACCUACCUUACAGAUUUUUUUGGGCUUGCAAAGCAGCAUAAUAUAUUUAGAGUGACAGUUAUGUAUGAUACUUAGUGCGUAGUUGAUGCACAUAAAACAUUAGUUUCCAGGAGUUCCUAUCGUGGCGCAGUGGUAAUGAACCUGACUAGUAUCCAUGAGAACGUAGGUUCGAUCCCUGAUCUUGCUCAGUGGGUUGAGGAUCUUGCAUUGCUGUGGCUGUGGUGUAGGACAGCAGCUGCAGCUCUGAUUUGACCUCUGGCCCAGGAACUUCCAUGUCAUGGGUGUGGCCCUAAAACAAAAACAAAACUCCCAAACCAUUAAUUUCCAUUCUCCCUAGUAGUCUGAAACUGCUAGAGACCACUCUUUGUCAGGCCAUUAUUUCAAUGUCCUCACUUUGCACUGUCCCCUCCACUUGGACCAGACCUGCAUCAUUUGCAUAUUUUUCUCCAGAUUUCAUCUUUUCCUGAAUAACUGAAAGCCUUAACAUUUACAAUUUUGCUCAAUGGCUCCCAAGACAUAAAUACAGACAUCAUAAUAUGCUCAUGUUUUCUGGUCUUUGGAAAUAUAGUCAUUCUGAGAGCUAAAUAUCUGUAUACUUUGUUUCAUGAGGAAGGUCUAUUGAAAAGUCAUUGUUGGUUUUCAUGACAAAAUUCUCCAGUGCAGAGGACCAGCUCCACUCAGCUGCCAUCAGCCACCUCUUCCUUCGUGAAUGGAAACUUCUCUGAGACCUGCCCAGGGCUGACCCUCUCUGGUUCCUCUUUGGACUUCUUUAGGAUGACAUCACCUCCUCCUGCUUCAAUGGUGACUGGCUUGAGUUAUAUCAGUUAUUAAAAAUGAUCUAAUAUUUUCCUUUUAAAUCUAGGGCCCUGGCUUGUUCUAUGAUUAAGCUAGUGAUUUAUUUAUAAUAUGGUACGAGACGGCUGCAGCCACUCUAUGAUGUAAUCUAAGAAUGACAUGAAAACAAAAUAGGCUUUUACAUAAUGAAAGUGUUCCUGUAAUACAGCUUAGAGCAAGGCUUUUUUUUUUUCCCCCAUUGAGAAUGAAGAUAGAUUCUUUACUUUCUUUCCAUUCCUUUCUUAUCUGCUUUUCCCAAUAGUGAGUCUUAAGGUCUUUAAGUCAAUUAAAAAAAAAAAAAUCAGCAUUUAAAACACCACAAAGACUCUGGUUGACUCUUCUAAUCUCAUCUUGUCCUCAUCUUCAUCCCCUCCCCCACUGCUCUCCAUGGCCCCUGUUUUGGCUACUGCUCUAUUCAGCAGCCUAUAGCCUCCUCUCAGCACUCCAUGGUCCUCACCAUUCCUUUGCUUAUGCCGUUCCUGCUACUGGAAAUACUUCCUUGAUCCUGAAUUUUCUUCUGACAAAGGCAGAUAUAGUACACUGGUUUCUACAGACAGCAAACUUCUUCAGGCCAACUCAAAUGCACCUCUUCCUCCAAGCUUCUCUGAAGCUUCUACCUCCUAUUUGGAAGCCUUGGUUUGUAUUUCUUAUAGAACUUAAUACAACAGCAAACUUCUCAUCCCCACCUCACCGAACACUGAUAGAAUAUCAGAGUUAGAAGAGGAGGAGGGACUCAGGUGAAUGGGGGGAAGGAAGGGGUCUUUGUAGUUCUGGUUCUGCUCCUAACACUGACACAUGGGAGAGCAUAGCUGAUCUUUGAGCUUCAGUUUUCUUCAUCUGUAGAAAGAGUGGUUUGGAUUUCAUUUCAUGUGGCCACAUGGUGGAUUGGUAGUGGCUCCUCUAGGUGCUGUGUUGAGAAGGAUUGUGAAGCUGUAUCCUGAAUGAGAAGGGGAGAGUCUGUGAUCAUUUAGCAGUGUCUGACAUGGCUGAGACAGGGGAAUGGCGGCAUACAGGAGGUCUCUGGGCAGUUUUUGGACUGCAUAAUUUGGAGAUCCCUUUUUGUUUUACCUUCUGGGAUGCUUUGACUUGCUGACUUUAAGUGUCUUGCCUAAGGUCACACAGGCAAGUAGUGGCUAGAAUUCAAUUCUCAGCUAUAGAGCUGGUUAAAAUUACGCAUUCUAAUCUUACCUUUAUUUAUGCAGGCUGGCCAUGGGAGUUGAGAAGCUGGGAUCAACAGGACUUGAGGGGCCAUGGUUUACUGGAGGCACAAAGCUUCUCAAAUUCUGUAUGUUUUUGAGGUGGGGUGGGGUCUAGAGAUGCUCUUCACCUCUUUGUCUUCUUUGUAUCCAAAGAGUAAUUAUGUAAGCAGUACUCUAAUUUAUGUCAAAGAUGGCAUUUCAAGGGCCAGGUCAGAAAGUUAGGUUUCUCUGCCAUGGUCUUUCCAUGGGUCAGAGCUCACAGUGUUAUUAACUCAUGGUCCUUUGGAUCCUUUGUGCCCUUCUGCUCCACCCCAGACAAAAUUCUUAGCUCUUUGGAGAAUGCUAAAUUGCUUGAGCACUAGGUCAGCUUCCCCCUAAAAAGUUGGGACAGUGAGAGAGAGAGAUAGAAGAGGGAAAGGAUGGGGCAGUUUAGGAUGGCUGAUGGCACUGGAAACUAGAGCGUUUGAGGGAUGGAAGAAGGAACUGGAAGUCAUUAGUGUGGAGAAGAAAGAAUGGGGAUGGAGGAGGAGGGAGCAGAUGGGACCCUACCGUAGGAGGGGACAUGAAUUUACUCUCUGUGACUCUAGAAGAAGUUCUCAGAGCAGUGGGUGGGAGCAACAAAAAAGCAGUGUGAAGAAGAAUUUUUUAAUAUUAAGAGAAGACCUCAGUGGCCUAGGCCAUUUUGGGGAUUUUAAGUUCCCCCAUCACUUUGGGGAUUUAGAUAGAGGCUGAUACUGAUGGGUCCUUGUAGAGGAAAUAAAAAGUUGUGUUGGAUGCCCUUUAAGAUCCUUCCUGUCCAGGAGCCUGGACUUUUCUGAAGAAAUAUUUGUGUGCAUUUUGUGUGCAAAUUAAAUAAUUUCCAUUUUAAAGUGAAGGCUUUAUGGAGAAAAGUGAUUCUUAUUUUCUCCAAGGUCUGGGCACACAGAAAGGAAAAAAAAUGCUGACUUACCUUGGGCAAUCUUUUGUUUCACUUAGCAAUAUUGAUGAAGGAAUGGAGGCUAACUGAGGAUGUCUUAGUACUUGUUUGUAAAUGUAUUUUUAAGGAUGAUUUCUGGCUUUUCAAGAUAGUUCCAGAGAAUUCUGUUCUGUUGGCCUCAUUCAAUCUGCUUCCUACCCAAUCCCCCAUCUGAUGUCAACUGUUAACUUUUCUGUACUAUCUUUAGUAAGUGCAUUCAUGUCACUUUACUCUGCUGUAGAAGGAGAUUUCUAGUCUUUCUUCUCCACUACAUUGUAGAAGGUUAAGCAUAAAUCCUGUCUUAUUCCAUAAGACGCCCCAGUGUAGGGGUGCCCAGUGUAGUGGUUUACAAAUAAUGAUGAUGACCCAUUAACCUAAGUGGUAUUGAGCACCUACUAUGUGCUAGACUACUGCAGGUGCAGGGAAUAGAAUGGUGAAAAAAGUCAGACAAAUCUUCUAUUUGAUGGAGACAGACAACACACCAAUCAGUAAGUAGAUAAUAUUCAGAUUUUGAUCUAUUUUCAGAAGGAAAAUAAAGCAGGUUAAGGGCACAGAGGGUGGGGAGGACACAGAUUUAAUUUCAUUGGUCUGAGAAGGCCUUCCUGAUUAGACUACACAGGAGCAGGGCCUUGGAUCAGUGAAGCAGUAAGUUGGAGAUGAGAGGAAGAAGAGUGUUUCAGGCUGAAAGAAAGCAAUAAUGGCAACACCAAAUAUUUUUUUAAGUCCAUAUUGAAAUGCUCAGAAAAAAAAAAAUUCGGUUGUGAUUGAAAGAAUACAGAGAAAUCUAAGAAAAGGAUGACAAGGGUUAUAUCUGGUUUUCAGCUUUAAGAAGCAGGGACAGGGUCUGGAGACUUGGGACAGUUCCCAGGGCAGUCUGGUUGUGGAGGGUAUGGUGGUGCUCCGUGGCGGAGGACCCUCCUUUCUGAAUCUCUGCUCCUGCAUUAGGCGCACCUGCAGGGAGGUUGGGGCCCUGGGUGCAGAUGGGCAAUUGCAUGCCUAAUCACCCAUUCAAGCACCCACUUAUUUGUUUUCCACAUGCAAAUAUGGGUUUUUUGCAGAUGGAUUUAAUAUAUUUGUUGCUUCCCCAUUUUAUUUAAAACAAAACAAACGACCAACCAUGUCAGUUGAGGGCAACAAAUAGAAACAGGAGUAUUAUAUGGUCUUUGCUAUUCGUGCUGAUUACAUGGCUGAGAGAGAUCCUAGGCAAAUCAGUUUUUUCUGCGCUCAAUUUUAAUUUUACUUUAGAGUACCUCUUCUUUAUUAUUAAAAAAAAAAAAGUUUUAGAGAGGGAUGUGGUAUUAUUUACCCUAAAUCAUUUUCUCAAUAUUUCAGGCUCCAUAUUUUUACUGUGUGUGGUUUCCACUUUCACAUUUUUAUUUUCUAAACUUCUGGCCCAUUGUUUGGAAAAAAAAAAAAAAAAAAAAGGCUUCAUGGAGUCUCCAAAGGCCAUUGGCAGGUGGUGCCUGCAACUUCUUUAGCCUGGAAAUAAACAAAUAAAUAAGCACAAAUUAGAAGUAUUUGCCCCUAUUGAUGUGCUAUUAUUACUUAUUGUGCAAGAUCAUGCAAAAAGUUACCUCCGUUUACUUGGGAGCCCGUAGAUAAACACCAGUACCCGAGAGAGGGCUUUGGAGAGUGUCUGCUUUGAUUUCUAGUGAAAUUUUAGAGCUCUAAGUAGGAUGUCAGAAUUGGUAUAUGCUUUGGCAUUUAUUUUAUCCCACACACCUCACUUUACAGAUAGGGAAACUGAGGCCCAGAGAAGUAAAAUGACUUGUUCAAGGUGUCAGAGAAUAAUAGGUAGAGAUUGGACUUGAGCAGUUGGAGCCUUGGCAGGUGGCUGCCUCUGUGGCCGGGGGAAGAAGAGACUGCUGGAGCGCACAGAGGAUCUCAUCUAAAGACACUUGCAUUGCAAUCUACUGAACCUUUUGUCUACUGACCAUUCCAAGAGCUAGCUAUCUAAGAUUCAACAAUGUCUCACCCAUCUUGGCUGCCACCCAAAAGCACUGCUGAGCCCCUUGGCCACGUGCCUGCACGGAUGGAGACCACCCAUUCCUUUGGGACCCCUAGCAUUUCAGUGUCCACACAACAGCCACCAAAGAAGUUUGCCCCAGUUGUUGCUCCAAAGCCCAAGUACAACCCAUAUAAGCAACCUGGUGGUGAAGGUGAUUUUCCUCCACCCCCACCUCCACCUCUAGAUGAUUCCAGUGCUCUCCCAUCUGGAUCUGGAAACUUCCCUCCUCCACCGCCCCUUGAUGACGGUGCUUUCAGGGCACAGGGAAAUCCUGGAGGCAAGACCCUUGAGGAGAGACGCUCCAGCCUGGAUGCUGAGAUUGACUCACUGACUAGCAUCUUGGCUGACCUGGAAUGCAGCUCCCCCUACAAGCCUCGUCCCCCACAGGGCUCUACUAGUUCAGCAACAGCUUCUCCUCCAGUCUCCACUCCUGUCACAGGACAUAAGAGAAUGGUCAUACCAAACCAACCACCUCUGACAGCAACCAAAAAGUCUACAUUGAAACCACAGCCUGCACCCCAGGCUGGACCCAUCCCUGUGGCUCCAAUUGGAACACUAAAGCCCCAGCCUCAGCCAGUCCCAGCCUCUUACACUACGGCAUCCACCCCUUCAAGGCCUACAUUUAAUGUACAGGUGAAGUCGGCUCAGCCCAGCUCUCAUUACAUGGCUACCCCUUCACCAGGACAAUUUUAUGGCCCAGGGCCAGGGGCCCAAGGCUAUAACACUCAUACAGUUCCUAUGUCUGCGCAGGGUCCACCUCCUUCUGCACGAGGAGGCAUGGAUUAUGCAUUUAUUCCACCACCAGGACUUCAGCCUGAGCCUGGAUAUGGUUAUGCCCCGAACCAAGGACGCUAUUAUGAAGCCUAUUGCCCAGCAGGGCCUGGCUAUGGGGGCAAAAGUGACUCUGAUCCUGCCUAUGGUCAACAAGGUCACCCGAAUGCCUGGAAGCGGGAACAAGGGUAUGCUCCUUCCGGAACAGUGAACCAGAACCCUGCUGGGAUGUAUCCAGUUGCUGGUCCCAAGAAGACAUACAUCACAGAUCCUGUUUCAGCACCUUGUGCACCACCACUGCAGCCAAAGGGUGGACAAACAGGGCCCCUGGGGCCUCCGGCUGCUCCCCCUUCAUUCCGCCCUGAAGAUGAGCUCGAGCACCUGACCAAGAAGAUGUUGUAUGACAUGGAAAAUCCACCCGCCGACGAAUACUUUGGCCGCUGUGCUCGCUGUGGGGAAAACGUCGUUGGGGAAGGUACAGGAUGCACUGCCAUGGAUCAGGUCUUCCACGUAGAUUGUUUUACCUGCAUCAUCUGUAACAACAAGCUCCGAGGGCAGCCCUUCUAUGCUGUAGAGAAGAAAGCCUAUUGCGAGCCCUGCUACAUUAAUACCCUGGAGCAGUGCAGCGUGUGCUCCAAGCCCAUCAUGGAGCGGAUUCUGCGAGCCACUGGGAAGGCCUAUCAUCCACAUUGCUUUACCUGUGUGAUGUGCCACCGCAGCCUGGAUGGGAUUCCGUUCACCGUGGAUGCUGGCGGCCUCAUCCACUGCAUUGAGGACUUCCACAAGAAAUUUGCCCCCCGCUGUUCUGUGUGCAAGGAGCCUAUCAUGCCGGCCCCUGGCCAGGAGGAGACUGUCCGCAUCGUGGCUCUGGAUCGUGAUUUCCAUGUUCACUGCUACCGGUGUGAGGAUUGUGGUGGUCUCCUGUCUGAAGGGGACAACCAAGGCUGCUACCCUUUGGAUGGACACAUCCUCUGCAAGACCUGCAACUCUGCCCGCAUCAGGGUGUUGACUGCCAAGGCUAGCACUGACCUUUAAAUUUAGUCGCCUGUUUAGUGGUUUGUUGAUGGCUCUGAGAAGAAUGAAACACAAGAAAAAUAUAAGAAAAGAAAUAGGAAAAGAGAGGAAAGUCAGUCAAGCUGUGGGAUGGUCUCCACUUCUAUUAACCUAGGAACACAUAGAGUAUGAGAUUUUUUUUUUUUUUUAAGUUCUUAACAAAUACACAUUUCACAUUUAAUCAUGUAGAACCCUGAUGGGUCUUUGUUCCCAAGGACUCGCACAUUUUUGCACGGAUUAUACUCCAUCCCAUUCACUUCUGCAUUCCUUUAACUUUUAAUCCCUGUGCUUGUCUCACUUUUCAUCUGGUUGAGUGGCUUUUUUCAGUGUGGUAUUUGCUGUUGCAGUUUUUCCUGGGUGAUUCUGCCAACUCACAGGUGCUUUUAGGCUUGAAGUCUCCAUCCUCACUUCCACAUUGCCCGGGAUCAUAAAAAAUAGCCAUUUUCCUGUUUUUUGCAAAAAUAGAUCUUUCUGUUGCUCUAAACUGAUCAUGUCUCUUGGGAAAACAAUGCAUAAUUCUAAGUCAGGCUAUAAAGAAUUUAACAUGUAAAUUACAUAGGUUAAACCAAGCCCAGAUUUAAUUUACAGUCAUCCAAAUUCAAAAUCUAUAAUGACCAGUGGUUGGGGCUCAUUUGAAAACUGAUAUUGGAGAGAGAGAACCAAACUUCAAUAUUUUUCUAAAGAAAUUAUAGAUGGAGUAUUCUAGAUAAAGCAUUUUGAAGUUAUAUUUGAAAAGUUCAUUAUUACUGCAAAAUAUUAUCUUGAGAUUUUCCUUUUCCACAUUACCUGGACAUGAUAAUACAAACUUUUUUUUCUCUCAAAUACAACUUUUCUAAUACCGUGCCACUUUUUAUAUCAGAAAUAUUACCACUUUUUUUCUAAUAUCCAAACAAAACUAUCAAAAUUGACUUUUUCCUCUAGAGGAAGAUAGCUAUAAAGAACAGUAUAAAUUCUUUUUUUUUUUUCCCCCAAGCUUAAGUCCUUUUUGCCUGACAAUUGAAAAUCAGGGCACAUAAAAUUGUGUUAGUUUCAUUUAGUUUACUUUUAAAAAGCAAGAAAGCUUGAAAAGAUUGUGAAACCACAGUUUCAUUAUUCUUAUAAUCCUUCUGCAACUCAAAUUACAUAUUGCAGGAGACAUUUUCAUAUCAUUGAUGUUACAUUUACACCACACUUUCAAAGACAAUCACUGAAAAAAAAAAGCCUUUUUGAGCUAAAAAUAUGCAGAGUCUCCGCCUGGAAUCUUCCUUCAAACUCUUAUCGGGCAGUAAAAUGCUUGCCUGCCAACUGCAAAGCCACAUAUACUUUAUUACAUUGUAUAAGAGGGAUACUUAUCUUAGUAGCUUGUUAUUGUUUUGUAAACUAAGUAUUUUGGGUUAACAUUAGUUAAACCUUUCUUCAAAUCUUCCACAAGUAUAUACUUUUAAGUUAUGAAAUAUUUUAAAUAUACUCAAAAGUAUAAUAAUAAUAUAAUGACUCCCUAUGACACCCGGUUUAAGAAAUCAGAUAAAACAAAUAGUUACAUUCUCCUGUAUACCCUUCCCUAACUCUACAAAUAUCUUUUUCAUGAUUAGAAAGUGAUCAAGUAAGUUUUCUAGUCUGACUUCUUUUUUGUAAUUUUUACACUUAGAAAUCAAAAACUGUGCAUGUUUCGAACUGCAACUCAGGCUUCAAGAAUCCCAAUUAAAUUUAGUUUACUUUCAUAGGCAUAGUUGUAAAGGUGGUUCAUUUUUUUUUCAAUAAGAAAUUCUUAAUACUAUAGGUCUUCUAAAUUAAUCCGUGGCUCAUUUGCUUUGGUCAUCAAACAGUUUUGUUUUAGAACCACCAGAGUUAGAGCUUUUCAGAGGUUCCUUUGACCACUGUCCUAUCCUUACUGCUGCCCUUAUCCUUGAUCUUACAUAUCUCAUCAUGUGAAAAACAAGGGAUCCACUUUGGGCAGAGUGUGAAUUUUAAGAUACAAUGGCAACUGUAUCUAUGAAUUUCUGUCUUCCAAAUUAAAGGCCAGAGUAUAUGCUAAUGGCCUCAAAGAGCACUGACCAUGAGACAAUUUGGGUGAUAAUACAAUCUGCUUGAAUUGCUUUAGUAACUUGUUUUCUAUGAAAUACUUGGGGGAUAUCGUUUUUAGGUCAUAAGCAAAGAGCCCAAUUUAUUGAGAGAUUUUUAUCUCUUGAAGUACAGUCAUAUUAUUAUGAAUUUUGCCAAAAGAAGGAGAAUUUAUGAAAUAUUUAUACUAUAAAAAUGCAAUAACCCUUGUUUUUUACAUUUAAGUCCUUAUGUAACAUAAUGUUUACAUGCCAAAAAAAAAAAAAAAGGAAUUAUAAGAAAAUGCUGUCAUGGACCCAUCACUGUGGCAUUUGCUGGAAUACUGCUUGCUUAUGAUCUUUAUAGUGCAUUUUUAUCACACAACCUCAGAGUAUCUUUACCAAAGAUUUUUAAAGUAAAUUUCUUUUUAAUAUAGACUUAUCAUACUUUUAUAAUAAUGAAUGUGCACACACGCAUAUACAGAAUAUUUAGAUUUAGUUUUUUUUUCUUUCACAUGGUAUAAUAAGGAAAGGAUCCUAAAAUAUUUUAUUUGAGGAUUUCUUAACUAUUGAUUUGUAUUGCUUUCUUGUCUUGUAUUAAUCAUUUGGUGUCAACAAUGCCAAAUCACUCUUUACUGUCCAGUUACAUGAAAUUUUGCCUAUAACAGAGAUAUAAAGAUCUAGUACCUUGAGGAUUGUAAUUCCACUGUCUUUUGAUAUAUUGCCUUGAUUAUGAUCACUUAAAUACAUAAGUAAUAGAAAAGAAUCAUAGCAUCUAUAAGAGAAUGUUUGUAAAAAUGUACUGGUUUUUAAAAAAUUGUCAACAACACAAAUAUUUGGUAAUUCCGUGUAAUAUGAGAGGCGUGAAAAAGGAAAGAAAACCCACAAUGUCCUUGGUUCUGCAGACCAUUUCACAGUUAGAUUUCUUUUUCACCUGGUUCUGUGGUGCAGAGCGACUCAGCGUGGAGUCUCACCUGCGAACAAAUUGACCAUUAGCACUCAAAAAGAAGUCUGUGUCCUCACCCCAUAUAGUGCAUAUCAAAGCUUCGAGAUGCUGGAUGGCUCUGCAGCUCAAAGACGUGGGUUCUUUUUCCUUUUCCAAAUACAUUGUUUCUGCGGGAGCAACUUCUCUGAUCCAAAGUACUUCACUGAGUGUAUGCUGAUGAAUACAGUGGAGUUAUCAACACUAUAAUUGUUUUCUCACUAUGAAAGAGUUUGCAAAGAUGUUUGUGAUGAUGUUUCAAGUAUAUAAACUCUAACUACAUUUAAACAAUAUUUAGGUCCAGAGGAAAUAAGAGAGCAUUUUGCCGUGGGGCUAUAGUAGAGGGUUUCUGGAAUCUAGACAGGACUCUGAAGAUACAACUUCCAACAGUUUUCCUAGUUAGUAAAAAUCCUAUUAAUGUGAACCAGCCAGGAAUAACAGUGUUAUUUCUAUUUGAUAUGGUUUGGGCUUCUCUUGUCAAAUCUAUGUCGGCUGCCCCUUGAUCCCUCCAUUAUCAAGUUCUGAAGGGUGUUGGGGAAAUUAUGGCAGCUGCUAGGGAGAUCAGGGAAACACUGAUGUAACCUCACAGCCUCUCACCAUUCCUCUUGGCGUGGAAAGGCUUUUUUUCCAUAUACAUUUCUAGAAAUAUUGCUAUUCUACCUUAGUAUUUCACAUUUGUAGUUUAAACAAGCGAUUGUCCAUCUGUUGCCUAGAGCUACAGUACAUGUGUGUUAUGAAUGAAAUAUGACAGCAUGUUCCAUACCCUGCUUUAGCCAUCUGUAGGAAACCAGGAGGCUGAAAAAGAUAUACCUCUGCAAAAUAUGCCUCAAGUUCAUUUCCUGAGAUCGCUCUUUUGGUGCACUUUCAUGGUUGACAAUCAAGAGCAGCAUGUACUUGUGCCUUAUUUUUAAAGCAUCUUUAUACUAUUAUGAAUGCUCCACAGACGAGUCUGUCAUGUAAAUAACCAUCCCCAAAUCUCAAGGAUGUACUCAUCAAAAAGUCAAAAUCCAGAGAAGUCUGAACUCUUUAUCUUAAUGUACUCUAAUAGUAUUUCUAUUUGCUGUCUCUUGGAAGUAUCUGGGAAUAUCUGAAUUAGGAAAACAUUCUUUUGCCAUAAGGUGAUGUCUUGGGUGUUGUUGGUGAUUAGGUGGUCUUACUUAGUGAUCCUACUCUAAUUUUAGAUAAACAGGACAGACAACUUCUGCUUGGGUCUUUAACACCCAUUCAACAUACCCGCUUUUUUAAAUUGCUGUAAUUUUUGGUUUGUCUGGUUUUGUUUUUGUUUUUUUAUUUAAUAAUGGACAGAACAAGUGGAGGACCUUGGUUCUGAGUCAUUACUGUGGUGUAAUCAUGGACAUUUCAGGUCAAGUUAUUUCCUUGACAGAUAGCUUCUCUCAUGAGGCUGUUUAGUUCACUUAUUAUUUCAAAUUUUUAAAAAGUGAUCUGAUUAAAGCUGUGUGGCAUGGUGAGAAUUCUUCCUCCCUCUUUCUCUUUGUUUCCUUUCCUUCCUCCCUUCAUUCCUUUCCAUUCCUACUUAUUAAUGCUAUCCUGCUUGGACUUUUUAUAAAUAAAUCAACAUAUUAUGAUCCUUACAGAAUUAUGAUCAUAUAAGGGAAGAAUUGUAUCACAAAAUAUAUGCAGCAUCCAUAAAUCCUUUUAAAAGAGCAUAUUUUCCAGAUUGUGUUUAUUCAUAAAGUGAGGUGAGAUAAUAGAGUCUUUCAGUUUUAUUUUAAUGAGUUUUCUUCAGGGACUCAGAUCAUAGAGUUCUUGGCAAAUUCAUUUAUUACUGUCCUACUUUUCUCAGCUAUAAGCAAAGUGAUCUUUCUCAGACUAGGUUAAGAUUUUUUUUUUAAAUCCAAAGCAUUUUGACCAAGAAAACAAUCAUGUUUUUAAAUGGUAGCAUGUUAUUUUAGAUCAAUGAAAUUUGAGAAUUUUCCUUAUAGCAGGGAAAAACUAUUAUCUUUCUAGAAUUUUUACACAUAUCAGCACUUUUCCAAUGACAAUAUUAAAUACUAAUGCUUGAAUCACAGUAUUUUGCAGGAGUAGGUCAGCAACAGAGCUUUUCCCUAAAGCACAGAUUACCAGCCCUUUAGUCUGUUUAUAAAAAGCAACAUGAGAAGAACAAUCUGGGUCUUUCUGUAAAGCAUUAUCUUAAAAUUUGGAUCUGAGAUUUUUUUUUUCUUUUGUCUUUUGUCUUUUGUCUUUUUUAGGGCCCCACCCGUUGCAUAUGGAGAUUUCCAGGCUAAGGGUCCAAUCAGAGCUGAAGCCGCUGGCCUGCGCCACAGCCACAGCAGUGCCAGAUCUGAGCCACAUCUGUGACCUACUCCACAGCUCACACCAAUGCUGGCUCCUUAACCCACUGAACAAGGCCAGGGAUCGGACCCAUGUCCUCAUGGAUGCUUCUUGGGUUUGCUAACCGCUGAGCCACAACAGAAACUCCCUGGAUCUGAGAUUCUUUUGAACUCUGGCUAAUAUUGACCAGAACAUGCCCUCUGUGUCAUUUUAUGUAAAGUCUCUUUGGAAAAAGCUUACAAUUCUAGGAAUGUAUUUCCAUUUUUGGUUUCACCCUUACUCCCACUUUCUAUAAAUUGACCUUGAUUUUCCUUUUUUCAGAGGGUCACCUAUACAGAAGGUAAAAGCAUACCUAAUACAAACAUAAUUCAAUACAUAAAUGAAUUUGCCCAGAAUUAAUGAUAAUCUCAAUGAGUGUGUUGUUUUGAUAUGUAGGCAGAGGGGUUUUGGGGUUUUUUUUGUUUGUUUGUUUGUUCGUUUUUUAACCUGUCUCCAAGAAGAGUGGGAUUCAGGAGGGGAAGAAGGAAUGUGAAAGACAGGGCAGGUCAUAAUUCAAACAAUGACAAGAGAGCUCUUGUAUAGUAUAACUCUGAGAAUUUUCAUAGGGGUUUUAGGGAUUAGCAACUGUAGUUGUUUAAACAAGUGAAACAUUCAUAGCUUCAAGUUUAUGAGGUGUUUAAAAAUCGCUAUGACUAACAAUGUAUUUUUCCCUUGUCAGAAGAGUCAACUGAGACUAGCUUCCAGGCCCCAUGGCAUAGCCAUAAGCAGCUCAGACUUUUAUAAUGCAUGUCCUUUCAUCCCUCUCUGAGAAGGCCAUACCUCACACUCUCUCUGACAGAUGGCAAUGCAUGUUCUUCUAUAUUCUUAGGUAAGAUACACUACACCCUAAAUAUCUCUGAAGGCUAGAGGUUUCUAUUUUCACAUAUUAGAUAUUUCGUCCCUUUCCAGUGUACUUACCUGGUGAGCGCAGUAAGCAGGAGUUGUUUUGGUCUGUGGGGCUCUUGUUCAAAUCCAGUCAUCCACCUUCUGCAAUGCCUUGCCUAAAGAGCUAUACCAAAAUAGAUUUGGACAUCUUUUCUCCUUUUUAAUUGCAAGCACAGAAAACUAACUUGAGCUUACUAAGGUCAAAGAAGAAAUCUAAAAUGGCAUAUUUUCCCUUCAAUAUAGAAAGGAGGGAUACUUAGUCCUUUCUCUCUUUUACUUGCCAUGGUCCCUGUGCAAGAAGUUGUAGGCUCUGUUUUAGUUAUCCAACAUGUGUGUGGCUUAUUUCGUGUAAAGCUAUGUGGAAGAUACAUUUAGUUAAACUCAUUGACUUGCACCCUCAUAUGGUGGUUCCCAGGCUAGGGGCCAAGUCAGAGCUAUAGUCACUGGCCUGGGCCACAGCGACAGCAACUCAGGAUCCGAGCUGCGACCUACUCCACAGCUCACAGCAACGUCAGAUCCUUAACCCACUGAUUGAGGCCAGGGAUCGAACCCACAACCUUAUGGUUACUAGUUGAAUUCGUCUCCACUGCGCCAACACGAGAACUCCAAUCUCAUUGUCUUUUCUCCCUUGAAGUUUCAAAAAAAAGAGAAGAAAAACUAAAAUCUUUGCUCUUUAUUUCUAAUUGUUAUUUGAUUUACAGCAGUUUCUAACCACACUAACAAAUAUCUCUAAUUCUAGCCUUGUUAAAAGGCAAAUUAACAUUCUAUAAGCAAAAAGUUCUGUAUCCUAGAAAGAGGAAGGAACCCUAAAAUAUUUAUAAUAUUUUAAGAUGGUGGCAUUAAUUCUUCCCUACUGUGCGUCUUUGUCACUUUUUCCGAGAUACUGGUUCACGAGUGAGUGAGAAAAAACAUCAUUCAUCUAACGCUGAUAGAUAUUUACCUAAUAUGCCCAAAUGGAAGUCUUAUUAAACGACCUAUGAAUACAGUCAACUUGGUACUGAACAUAUCUUCUAAAUUCAAUUUUCAACCCCAGGAGUAGAAUUGAGACAGGUUUCACGAUGUCGUCUUCUGUUCUACACCAGUGUGGAGGGUGGUAGCUGACCCCAAGCCCCAGUGCUGUUCUUAGACAAAGAUAGAAUCAUGCAUCUUCAAGGAUCUGAAUCACCUGUCAUUUUCCUGACAAAUCACCAUGCUACGUCUUCUUAGACCUGGCCAGUGUGUACUAUUCCCAGCGGCCCCUUCUACCGCUGGGGCAGCUUUUUUCUGUGAAAGUUCUUCCUCAUGAUAGACAAAACUCCAGUUCUGGAGCUUCUGCAGAAGGCUAAUGUCUAAAUCUUUGCCUCUAGGUCAGAUCACUAACUCUUGCAACUUCUCCUCAUUUAUUGAUGUGGUAUCAAAUCCAGUCACCCUCUUGCUUCUCUUUUGAACAGUUGAACCCAACAAUACUUUCUAAUUUUAUUUCAGUCUACUCAGUGAAUUGUAGCAAACACUUUGGGUCAGACUAGGUAAAAAUACUUUCUUCAGGGUUUAAAGUAAAUGGAAUUGGAAUAAUCCAAAGGAAACUGAUAUUUGAUGUGGAAAUUUCCCCCAAAGACUCAGACUUAGGAUAGUGAAAGCUAGGUGAGGAUAGAUCUCCCAUGUGUGCAAAACAGUCCUCCGCUCUGUGCCCUUUCCUGGUUUUGAUGUUACUAAAAUCAGAGUCAAAAUAAGAAGUGAGCUAGUACAUAUGUCACCAAUUAGAUUCCCACUUCUUGGCAAGUGUUCACAAAGUCUCUUCAACCCUUUCCCUUUGUCCUUGCCUGCUCAAGAAUAAGACAUUUCUUGUGUAAGUUCUCAUACUGAAUAUGCAAAAGGAGGCCUGGGCCGAUGUUCCCAUUGUGGCUCAGUGAGUUAAGAACCUGACUAGUAUCCAAGAGGAUGCAGGUUUGAUCCCUGCCCUAGUUCAAUGGGUUAAGGAUCCAGCAUAGGUCACAAACUGCAGUAUAGGUUGCAGAUGUGGUUUAGAUCUGGCAUUGCUGUGGCUGUAGCAUAGGCCAGCAGUUGCAGCUUUGAUCUCCAAUUCAACCCCUAGCCCAGGAACUUCCAUAUGCCAUAGGUGUGGCCUUAAAGAAAAAAAAAGGAAAGAAAAAAAAGGAGUCCUGGGUAUUUUAUAGGUUCCACACCAAUGUCUCUGGCUGGUUGGUUUUGGAGAUUUGCUUUCAUUCUUCUGUGCUCAAUUGUUUGUACAUAGAGAGAUGUUGCACUUUAGAUCAAGUGAACAACUUCCCUACUUGAUCAAUUAAGAACUAUCCUCAGGAGUCCAUAUUUUCUUUAUACUUUUGUCUUUCUAACAUCUUUAUCCCUUACUCACCUCCUCAAUUUAAUAAUCACUGUAAGAGAGUCAGCUCCUAAGUAACUGUGAUGCAAGCCAACUGCAAUACAAUCAAAUUGGUUCUAUCUGCAUCCCUUAAGAAGGGAUACAGCAUCAGGAAAAAUAAUUCUUCCCAGUGGCGUCAGUAAGGUUUUAUGGAAGAAUGAAAUCUUUUGAGAAAUCUUGAUUUGAUUCAUUGGCUUGAAGUUGAGAGAAGAAUAUUUAGGGCAUGAGAAACAGCAGGGAAGCAUAGUUUAUACCCAGAGAAGAUCCUCUGCUUUAAGUAUCACAAAUUCUGGAAUGUCCUUAACAGGAGAAAAGGUUUCCAGAUAUUCAGGGUCAGUGAGAAGAGAAAGACACAGAGGAAAGUUCAUUUGAUUGAUGUUUGCUUUUUCAUCUCGAUAUAAUUGUGAAAUAGGAUAAGUUGUCAAAAUAUAAUCCAGUAUAUACAGUAUGAACAGGAAGCUUUAUGAUAACAUUCAAAAUGUACAUUUGCAUUGGCUCAUAGCUACAUACUCCACUUAUGCACUGAACACCCCCAUCUUCUGAGGCCUCACAAGACAAUGAGCAGAGCACCUCUAUUGGUCCACAGUUGGAAAGGAUUCCACAUUCCUCACUUCCUCUCACUGUUAAAAUUCUCUUUCAGAUUUAUUGCUAAGUGAUAAUCCAGACUCUGCUCAAACAUCACCUGCAUCAAGGAGCACAUUACUUCUUGAGCUUUUCCAUUUUCUCCAUCACACUUUGUUCCAAACUCCCAGAACCAGCCUUCGGGGCAUAGGUGCUUCCAGGUGCCACACAAAAUUAAUCUUUAGUACAUAAUAAAAUAUUGCUUCCUCCCUCCAUUUUCCUUUCAAAUAUAUUUUAGUUUUGGCAACGCAUUACUUUUUAAAAAAUUUUUUUUUGAUUUUUAGCUAAAGAUUAUGAAAAACUUUAACAUUCUUAAAAAUAGUCUGAAGGGUUUUCUGAAGGUUAAGUUUUAGAGUUUAUGAGUUUGGGGGUGCUGUUUUUACUUUCUUAUAAAAGACAAACUUUUCUGAUAGUCAUUAUGUAACCUCAUGCCUUCCCCCAGUAAUUAACUCCUGAAACACUCUCCAGUUAUCCAGCUGCUGAUAAUGACCUUAAAAUGUUGGGAAAUGUCAGUGUGUGAUCUCCACUUCUUAACAAGGAAAACAUCAAAAGCAGAAGAUACUGGUUCUGUUGAAAUGCAUUACUUCUGGCCAGUUGUUCUGUGCAAAAGGAAGGUUACGUUCUGGUUUUAUGUAGAAAUGUAGAAAUUCUUUCCCUAUUGUCUUGAGUUACUGUUUAGUUUCAAUAGUAUUCCUUGGGCUUUGGGAGGACCAGGCUUGCAUCCUCUUCCACCUUGGCCUUGAAUUUGAGAGCCCUAUGGGCAGAACCUGUCAUCCUUCUCCUGGGCAGGACCUGGGGGUAGCUUUUCGAGCUCUAAAAUAGUAAUUCCUAAGAGAGCUUACAAACUGCUUUUGCACAUGAAACAGCCCGGGAGGAAGGUUAUUAAUAGCCCUAUCCUAGACAAGAAAGCUGAGGCUCAGAAUUGUUAAGUGACUUGCCAAAAGCAAUAGAGCUGGUAAGUGGCAGAUUUGGGGACAUACCCAGGUCUUGCAAGUCCAGUGCUCACUCUGGUGGCUGUUCCCAGGGCACAGAAUACCUCAGAGCACGUGGCAUGCAUCUCACAGACCACCAUGCCCCGUGUUAAGGGCAUCCAAGGAAAUUCACACGGAUCACUUAGCUAUCAGGUGGCAGAGCUGUAUGUGCACUGUGGUGCUUGUGACCAUUUAGAGCUUUCGUGCAUUUUCUGUGUCAUCUUGUGGGAAACUACUAGCUAUUUUAUCUGAUUGGCAGCGUGAUGGAGUGGGUGAGGAAAGGCCACCGCUUAGAACAAACACUGUGGCACUGAAGUACACUGCAGCAAAUUUCCCCUGGGACCGUGGUUUGCUUUACAUUAACUGAAAAACUCUCUGGAACUGUGAGGUUCAGAAUAUCAACCGAGACCAUGCCAUUUAGAAUUCAGUGGCAUGUGAGGGUGACUUGAUCCUUACAAGAAGCUGCUCUCCCGUGGGCUACAACUUAUGCCCCGCAGAGGCAGGAACUGCUGGAGGUAAACAAUGCAUAUUCUUCUCUCUGCUCACAUUUAUCGAGGCCCACAAGUAUACCUUACAGUAUCAGGCAUUUCCCAGCCAACUAGCUGAUGCUGACCUUGAAAUGUCUAUGAACAAAUGCUACAGGACUGAUAGCGGUCCUGCAGCUUAGCUUUUGCCCUUUGAGGGCCUGGACUUUCCCAGCUGUUGUCGUUUUGUUUUUUGUGAGUGGUUAUCAUGGGGAGUUUGGUACUGUGCCGUUUCCAGCACACUUCCUGAGAAGCCUGCAUGCAUGUUCUAGAACCUGCUCUGCGUGGCAUUUCAACAACCAGGUCUUCUCUUCAGCUUCCUCCCUGGGGAACCCAUGCCUUUUAAUGUGUGCUCAGCUUUUCAUUUCCUCCCAUUUCUCAUUAUAGUUGUUGGCUUUAAGUUAAAAUCUAUUAACUGGUUGCAAAAUAUUCUUUCUUCAUCCAGUUCAAUCUACUGCAGGGAACCUUUAAAAUGGUCUUAUCUGAUAAGCUUUCUAGGCAUUUUCCCUCCCUAGAGUCUACCAUCCAUCAAGGCGGUCUCAUCAUCUGUCUGCUAAAUUCCCUUGGAUUGAUGAGGGCCAAGUUAAAUGGCAAAUGGCCCCUCACCCUUUUCCAGUCUUCACACCUGGGAAAUAACAUGUGCGGCCAGUGGGGCUAGCACAGUAGUAGCCUUGGCUGAGAAGGCAACAUUCAGACACUGGAAAGGUGCUUCAUGUUCCUGUAAGGUUUGAUGUUAUGAUUGAUGAAGUAGAAAAUGAUUCUUGUAGAAAAAAUGGCAUACCCCCACCACAGGCAUGGAUUAGCAGGAGCAUUGAGAAAACUUUUCCGAAUGAUCUAGGUGAAUACGCCUGAGCAGAGAUUCACGUGGGUGGAACCUGUGAUAUCUUAUUAGAGGGAAUAAGAGGUAUCAAUAUGAAAAAGCAGCCCUUUAAAAAAAUUAAGGGAGCCACAGACUCUCGUUUAUCUUUACAAAAUGUAAAGGAAAUUUUGAAUACCUUUUUUCUUUCUCCAUUCUACAAAAUAUUGCCCCCUAUACUUAAGGAAAAUACAAUAGUGCUGUCUUCAAAAUACACAUCUGUGCUUGUGCAUGCACAUAUGCAUGCGCGUGCAUGCACGCACACACACACACACACACACACACACACACACACACACACACCUUCCAAGAAAGCUGAUCUUUCAAAAAGGAAAUUUUAUUUUAAAACACUUGGAUUUUUCAGGCCAAGAAACUAAUAAUUCCUAGACCUGACCCAUUUUUUGUGACUGCCAAAAAAGAAAAGGAAAAAAGGAGCUAUUUAAAUUUUGUAUGGAUCCAUUUAUCUCUUAAAAUAUGCCAAAGCAGUUUGAGAUGGGGGUGGAAACAAAGGUAUUCAUUUCUCCUGCUUGAUUCUCUCUUUAUAUUUCUAUCUGUUGGGAAAAGGGUAAAGAACUAUUCUUGGUCAAUUAUUAUUGAUACAUUCUGUUGCCACUUUGUAUGGUGCCUGCUUUGCUUCAUACUGAGGCGUAAGAAUAAUACUUGUGUUUUCAACUCCUUUUCCUCCAUCACGAGGGAGUAAAUAUGAAACCUGAAUGUCCCUCACUACCAAAUUAUUUCACUCCACUUCUGAAUUAGUUUAGAAAUUGCCAAAUGAAGAAAGCUAGCUUUUCUUGGAUACAUUUCUCCUUUUCUUUUUCUCUCUUGAGAGACAAAUGUAAAGGGGAAAAAAAAUCCAGUUCUUUUUCAUCUUUCUUUUUGUGUGACAAUUGAUGAUCACUUAGUAAUUAUAAACCAGAAGUAAGAGAAUGAAUAGCUUAGCCAGGUUAUGAUGUAUCUGCCAACAUAUUUCAUUCUUUCAAACACAGACUUUGAGAGGAAAAGGGAUUUUAUCAUUUAAACACCAACUAUAGAAAUGGCCUCAUGGUUUAACUUCCAAAGACUAAAAGGUGAGUUGAUAUUUGGGCAGCGUUUGCAUUAUACUAACCCUGCAUGCCUUCAGCUUAGUUUGUAGAUGAAUUCCAUCACAGCAACGUAUCCAUGAAAUUGCCAAAAAGUGUUAAAGUGCCUUGGACCUUUCUCACUAGGUAGUAAAUUGAAACAGGUAUAGACCAUGCCAGCCUUCUUAGCAAUCUCUGAACUGAUGUGUAUCCUUGAUGAAAGAGAUUUGGGACCCUGAAAACUAAACCUUGUCACUCCCCAAUAGUUUAUAAUGAAUAGUUGCAAAGUCAUUUUUAAAUGACUUUCUUCCUUUUAGUAUCAUUUAUUCUCUUGGGAAAGCUAAUGAGCAAAUUAUCCAAGAAUUCUUUCUUAUUCAAAAAAGUCAGAAUAUUCCUCCCUCCCCCCAGAAAUCUGAAUUAGUUCUCAUUCAUUUCCAGGAAACAUAUGAAAGAGCAAACAGAAUUAAAGAUGACAUGGAUUGUCUGAUUAUUUAGCAUGACUAAGAUGAUGUGAUUUAAUGUGCCUUAAGCAAAAACUUAAACUAGAUGCAGAACUUUCACAGCUGGAUGUAGCAUUGAACUAUUAUAAUGUUAUCUAUGCAGUUACCUACUUUGGUUUUUGCUUUGUCUUUUAAGCCUCACCUUUGUCAUUAAUUUAACAGAUUUGGGGCUACCUCUCUCUCUACUGGGAAUAUGUGCAAUUAUGAGACACUCCCCCAAAAAAGGAAGGGAAAAGAAAGAGCUUUCUGAGUAGCAAAUCUUGUGCCAUGAAGUAGACGUGACAUGAAGAUGCAGAGCGGGAGGAUAGUAAUUUUCUCUGAGCCGCACACACCAGCUUUUAUUUCAUGGCUUUGUCACAGGCUUUUCUCCUUCUGUGCUGUCACCUUUGAGAAAAACGAUUGCACCUUCUCCAAGUCUGCCUUUUAACAGCUACAGUUGAGUUGGCAAGACUUCCCCAGCUCUGAAUAUAGCCAUUUGCCGACUCCGGCCUCUUUGCGAGACUGACUCAAAUCUGUGAUCUUCUGUUCAGCAUACACAUCAGCAAAGUGAGAAGAUGAGCGCUAAAUAUAGGCUCUAUUAACUUUACUUUUAGAUUUACUGCCUUCAAAAAGUGCCUAUUCUGAGAAACAUAAACGUUAUUCCUACAUAUGUAUGUACACACGGUACCCGGAGUCAUACUGUGCAGCCUUCAAAAACAUACCAUCGAAAAGGAGUAGGUGCUAAGAUAAGAAAUCUUGGCCAAAUGGAAGAAAGUCGCUCAUUUCCAACAUCCCCUCCCUAGUGGCACCAGGGAACAGGCUGCAAGCACAUUUCCCUGAGCAUUCCUUGCUGAUACAGCCACUUUAUAUUUAUAUCCUACUGGAUGGUGGCAUAUUGCUGAGGUUUCCUGCACUCUGCUUCAAGGGAAUAUAUUAUGCUUUAUGGAAUUGGAACAUUUAGUCAGAAAAAAAUUGUUUAAGAGAAUUAAUGAGCCAGGGUCUGUAAUAGGAUAUGUGUCAUAUGUAUGUUUUAUAAACUAAGAAUUGGUGGGUUUAGAAUGUCAGCACAUUGCUUCUCCUUUUAUCUCCCAGGCGAACAAGAGUGAACACUAAAGAAAAGUCUUGGCUGUGAGAAUUGGAGGCUCAGGGGGCCAAAUGCCCUUGCCAGAGCCUUAGAGCAUCUUUACUUUGACUCCUAAAAAUAGUAGCACAUGUUAAAUAGUAGCCUUUGUUUCCCUGGGUCUAUCAUUGACAUUAUAACUAUAGAUGGUGUCAAUGGAGCAGCAGCCCAGCCUAGAAAGACAGGUUCUUACCCAAGUGCGGCAACAGUCGAGGGUUUAGACAAAUAGGACGAGGAAGACUAUGCAUGAUUUUAGGAAAAGGGUUGAAGGGAGGACGUGCUUCCAAAAAAGAUCUUUCUCAAUGUGUCGUCUGACUCAACCAGCUGGCAAAUUACACUUGCCAAGUCGCUCUCUUCCCUUCUAAGUCGGUUGUCUCCCUGUUCACUUGAUUCCACCUCUGCUUCGGGAAAGGAGGGGCUAUCUCUCAUGAGCCUUUCCCCAAGGAAGCUCCUGGCAUCCUCUUGGUCACAAAGUUGUUGCCCCCUGUCCCUCACAGUUUCAUCAAAUAGAAGUAAAGGGGACAAGCAAUGGAAGAUGCUUUCUAUGGCAUUGCAGUCAGCCACCACUCUGUUUUCCAUUCAAGGAACUCUGCUACUUAAAUUAGGGAGAAGAGCAGAAUGGAUCUGGUUUCAUCAUUUCAAGAGUGUGGAUCACCCUUCCUUAGUUGUCCUCAUUUGAUGAGACAUUUGUUUCCUUGGAGAAAGUGAUAAUCUUCACUGAAACUCUACUCUUCCUGAUGUUCUGUUUAUACCUUAUUCAAUGUCAACACUAGUCACUUUCUGUUUUUUAGAGAAUCAGGUGUUAGUGCUAGAUAAGAGUUCAGAAAUCUCUGUGUGACGUCAAAAGGGGCAUUGGAAUACUAUGGAGUUUUUCCUCCUUGGGAACAAGAUGGGCUGGGAAAGAGACAGCAUGGCUUUGCUCCAGGUUUCAAUCUGAUCGAGACUAUAAGAGUUUUAUGUAGAUAUUAAAUGUUAUUUACAAGUGAAUAGAUCAAGGAGAAGGGGGAGAAGCCAGGUUUUGUCUAUGCUACUUGUGUCAACAAGAACUUCCUACUAACAAAGUACAGUCAUAGCCCCACCAUGAUCAGCUGCUAGUCUGAAUAACAUUCUCUGACUUAAAAAAACACACACACACAAAAAACAUAUAGGGAAUAUGCCUUUUUCAUAUGUAUGAUACUGACAGAGCCAUAGUAUUCCCAAAAUAUAUUUCUCUUUUUCAUUCUUAGCAAAUUGCAUUUGUCCACUACAUCAUGAACCAUCACUGACACAUGCAAAAUAGCCCUCAUGGUUCCUUAUGAAAAUAAGAGAAUAAAACCUGUUAUAAGCAAGUGAUUUGGGUAUUUUCUUUUGUAUUUAUACAUCACCAACUAUUUUAAAUCAUGUUUCUAUUUACCUUCUAUGAGUUUUUUCCUAUCAAUUAUGUUUUUACACUGCUCUAUGAGAAUAAAUAUGAAAAUCAUAUUCCUUUUUUCUGUAAAAGAAUUACAACUACUUUAUUAUAUUUAGAAAUCCAAUAAACUUAUUACAUUUA